UCCGCAAAGGCGAACAUUCACAUUUCUGCUUCGCUAGUUUCCGCUUUUUGACCGUUAACCAGAACCCUAGAAGUUGAGAAGUUAGAUAUUAGAAAGGUCACCGCUGCGUGUUGCACGAUUGUUGUUUUAUAUACUUGAUUACCGCGUAUAUUAGCUACUUUUUUUAUUUCCUGCUUAUUAUAUUGUUAUCUACUCGAACUAAACCAAGCUAAUAAUGAAUACGUGGAAGAAGCGCCUGAACUUUACCAGCGACAUCUCGCAGGACACGGAGUCCGCACCGUUGCCGUCCACCAGCACCAUCAAUCCGCGCAACCCCCGGGCCAACCGGCUGUUGCACCAGCGCUCAGCGGAGCCGCACACGGAAUGCGCCCGACUGAAUCAGCGUUCCAUGUCGUUAUCCGCCGAUCCGGCCAUGACCACCGGUCUGCACCCGUCGCUGAGCGCUCUGGCCACCAGCGCCAUGUGUCUGCAGCGCUUAAUUGCCGCCGGCAGCGCCCUGAUGAGUGUGGGGAAGAUUGUCGGCAAUGUCAUCCAGCCGACACGCACGGAAGUGGCCUGCCGGAAACUCCACUUGGUCUAUUCAUCGCGCACCGACGAGUACAAACGCCUGACGGAUGCCUCACGUCACGGGAUCAAAGGCUGGAAGAAUUUGGUGUAUGCGGAGAAGAACAUGGAAUUGGUGACGGAGCACCGUUACAUGGCCGGGAGUGAUGUGGUCCGCGUAUUCUUGGCACGCACGCCGGGGUCCAAGUCGGCAUUUCUGCAGUGGAAUUUCGAUUUGUCUUUUACCGGCAUGCGCAUCAAACGCUUGAUGAUCCGCUGUCAAUAUGAGAUCUUCGAUGACGGUGCGGUGAGUUUUUACCUCACCAGCGACGAGCACACCAGCAACCAGCAGAUUGUCCUCUUUGGCACAUCCGAGAAUCUCAAAUGCAUACCGGAAGCGGUGGGCUGGUCACGCUUUACCCUGACGGCGGAGCUAUCCUGUCGGCGCGGCUCCUGUACCUUCAAGCAUUCACAGCUGUGCUGUCAGCCGCAACGCACGAAACUCCUGGAAUCCAAAGCGUCCAAGUUCCCCAUGGUGGUGAAAAUCUGGUUUGAUCAUCCCUCCAGUCCACGUGUAUAA